GCCGCGCGCGCCUUCUGACAACGCGUCGUGCACUGGUGGUGGUGUGUCUGUCGAGGAUUGCCCCCCUGCACUGCUUGCUGCUGCCGUGCCAACUGAGCGUGGUGCGUUUGGCCCGUUGUCGGCGAGGUGGUGCGCGGUCCGUCGUUUUCCAUCGGUGACGAACAAGGAGCGUUACGUCGCCGUUCAUACGUGCAAGAAGCAAGUUCGGGUUGUGUUUUCGCGCGUGCCGUGGCGGCGGGAGGUGACGUGGUGGUUGCCGUGGUUGACGCUACUACCCCCACGAUUCCGGCCUAAUACCCCGUGCUCGGUGAAUUCUCAGUCGGUCGUCGUUCCGACGGUCUGCCGUGCGCGUUUGUGUCGAGUGUGUGACAGGCUUACCGCGACUACGGCGUAACGUACUACUACUACAACCGCUCCACCGAGGAACGUUUGGAUUCUUGCUUCGCUUGGCGUGGGAUUUUGGAUUCGCUGCGCGACAUCGCCGUUCCUACCUGCGACGCCCCGGCGGAGGUGUUAUUUAUUUUAUUUUCUCCCUGUGUUGUGCGUUUGGUUGCUCGACCGAGAGGAUUCCUGACAUGGCACGCGACGGCAGCUUCUGCGGGCUCCCGGCUUUGGCGGCGACGGCGAUCGUCCUCGGCUGUCUUGUCGUGCCGGGCAGCAGCCAGUUCGCGGACUGCAGCGCCACCAGGGCGCAGCAGUGCGAGACAGUGUUGCUGGCACAGCAAGUCAACGACGCCUCCAGGGCCACCGUCCCUGAGCUGCUCGCCCGAUGCCGGUACAUCCGGCAGAACCUCAACUGCCUGCUCAACUACACGUCCCAGUGCCUGCCCCUGGAGCAGAAGGAGGAGAAGUCCCAGAUUAUCAGCCAGGCGCGAAAGUACGCGUACGCCACGUGCGAGGACCGCGACGCCGUCAAAGAGCACUGGAAGGAUGGUGCAUGCUUUCAGAAGCCUGAAGUCCAACGCUGCAACAAUGAGUAUGACACGCAGAUGAAGAAAUACCAGCUGAAUAGCAAGUACCCAUCUGAAGAGCAGUGCAGGCGGUACAUGAACUACCAAAGGUGCAUGCGGCGGGCCACUAGCUUGAUGUGCAACAAGGAGGGCGUUGAGUUCCUGGGCCUGUUCCUGUAUGACCGGGAGCCGACACUGUCCUGGAUGUGCAGCGAUGAUUACCGGCAGCCACUUCGCAUCGAGAGUGUGCCCACUCCAGCAGCAAUCAACCAGGCAACCUGUAUGAGCCUUGUGAAGAGCGACAUGCAACGGUGCUCUGACAGACACAACAAGGCCACAGCUGGCCUUAGCAACCGAAAGCAGUCGUCCAGCCGCAAGUCCACGGGGCUACAGCUGUCCGAGGAAGAGUACAAGACUAGGCAUUGCUGUGCCUUCGGAGAGUAUGCCCACUGUGUCCGCACGGCUGUCCAGGUCAAGUGCAGCACAGAUCGAAAUGCACUCGUCGAGAGCAUCAUACAGCAGACGCUAGAAUUCAUCGGGCACCACUGCGACAACUACUACUACGGCUCAAGUCUCUGCUCGGCUGCGACACCGGUUAUGUCAACGAGUGCAGUGAUGCUUGUCCUCGCGAUGGUCUCGGCCUGCCUCGCUGUGCAGCACUGAUUCAUUGCCUUGCACUGUGAGAGGAUGGCGCUCGCGGGACAGCACCUACCACGCUGGUGAUAGGUAGGGCGUCUCGAACGCUGCCUGAUGGGGUCAGCGAGAGGAAGCAGAAUGUGGUUUGUUCGCAGCAGUGCAGACAUCUUCGAACAAGGCAUUUUAGUGGGAAGCCAGAUAUGGUCAGUUUCCUGUUGAUAAUACUUUAGAUGCUGUUAUUCCUGACAUUGCUGGCUGGACCAACAUGUGGACCACAGAUCAGAGACGUUUGAGCUGGAACAAGGGCAGCUAAAGAAGCUGCUGCAUGUAGCUCUUGCACAAAAGUUGCCAGAAGGACCGCUAAAAAAAUUUACCUUAUCAAAUGUGCUUAGAAAUCUCGUCCUGCUGCUACCAUCAUGAGAACAUCUUUUAUAGUUGUAUGAGCAAUGAGUGACCAUGCAUUCAGUCACGUGUUAUCAAGACAUACACGCACACUGCUGCCAUUGCCAGUGCUGCAAAGACAAGACGAAAUUGAAAGGGGCCUGCUGCCAACCUUAUACUCAAGCAUGCAAGCUUUGCAUCAGAGCAUGUGACACUUGACAAAAGGCUACAAAAAUGGGUUGAAAGCCUACGAAAUUGCUGGCAUAGCAUCACAAAGAAAUGUCAUGGCUGCUGUCACUUGUUUCAGAAGCCUAGUGCUCUGCAGUGAAAGAGGGUGAGGAGGAAAUGCAUGCAGGAGAUGGUGGGGCAAGAAAGAAAAAAAGACAUAAAAAAAUUGCAUAAAUUUUAUCAAUAUGCUAACCAAAAAAAUACCCUAUAGGCCGUUUGGUUCGUUCCUGUCAAUAUUUGUUACUAAGCCACUCAACAAAGCCACUGUGAAUGUUGCCAUUGUCACAUCUGGCCAAUCAUGCUACUUUGGCGUUCGAUCCACAUGUGCAGUAAUCUCUUGGAAGAAAAUGUAAAUGGAAUACUGUAAUAUGUUAUGUGUAAUGACAACUAGAAUACAACACAACAUAAAUUUUUGUAGAAACAAAAAUGAAUACCCAUAAUAUGACGAAAGAAACACCUCAGUCAAACUAUGGUAAUGAAGUGUACACAGUACAUGAUGCAAAUUCAGCUUGCCAGUAUCGUAAUAUCAUAAACCUUAUCACAUAUACUUUUCUUGGGCAUAUGAUAGCAAACAAACAUUGCAGAAACUUCUGGCCCAUAGACAUAAUAUGAAAUAGAAGUUUCAGGUAUUAAAACCCAGGAAAAGCUUCUUAUUACAAGAUUUUAUGACAGUUAUUGCUAUUUUUAUUAUGUAUAUGUAUGCUCAAUGUGCAGCCCAAAAAUAGUUUGUUUUAAAUGUGUGGCUGAGGCAUGUUUUUAUUGCGGUAUGAUUUUCUCUUGCCCUGAAGCAUGCAGUUGACACCUGUGAAUGAUGACUGCUUUGCAGUGCAGCAGUGGCUUGUAUGCAAAGGGGCGUUUACUAAGACAAAUGAAGCAUGCAAGUCACAACUCGCUGAUGUCCCACUUUAGACAACCGUGUGGACAUCAAGAUUCAAGGUCACCACUCCGUCAAGGGUAUUUGCAUCGCUUUCUGCAUAGGCAUUUAGCUUGCAGAUGGAUUGGUCCAGAAGAUGGAGCAGUUGUCACCGGUCACUAGGUUAGCUGCACGAAUGCACUCAGCAUUACGGGCUGCCUGCUCAUGAUGGACAGUACGAUCCACUGUUAAAUAAAAUACCUAACCAAUAUUAAUGCUAAUGUAGCCAGAAUGUUCCUUUGCCUUCAUCAGAAAUAGGUGACUGAUAUUAUCAUUGGAAUAUGAAUUUAUACUGAAAAAUUUUGUCCCUGGGCCUUUAUGUCAUUUCUAAGCAAUAAUUCAUGAUAAAAUAAUAACUGCUUGUUUCCUUUAGCAGGGGACCAUCUGUGCAGUCUGUUCCUUCCCGCUAUUGCCGAAGGAUGAAUGACAGGUUUUCUUGACAAAGAAGCAGACAUUUGUGCAAUGUCAGCUACUCACAACUUCUAUACUCUAUGUCCAGUCACUACUUCUCAGACAGCACGCCUCAGUCUUAACAGCAAUGUUGUCGAGCAGACAACGCCAACAAAUGUAAACUGAGGUAGAAUGCAGCAUAAACGAGGCUGAAAGAUGUAACCUGAGGCAGAAACUGGAAAGUUACUGUCAAGCAAUAGCUCCAAGGGCUAUGUUUCCAUUUUCACAUGGCAUUACAGAGAAUGAAUUAUGGUCUGAUGCUACAUCAAACACAGUUGGUGCAAAAGAAAAUCCAUCACUGCCCUAGCACCCCAUGGUCAUCACUUAACUCAAGAAACAAAAUUCAAAAUAGAUGCAUUGCAAAAGUAAGUUAGUUUCAUGAUUAGGUACAUUUUUUAGUCUGCACAUCUAACCACUGCAAUAAUCCCUUCAAUUAACACAACAUUGACAAAUUUCUUAGAAAAUUGAUGGAUCAUAGCAAUUAGCCAACAGCUAGCUGUUUCACAUCUGGAGAUGCUCACAUGCAGUUGCUUUCUUGCAACAGUCCUCGUUCAGUAGGCACUAGGAGGUUUAGUAAUUUUAUAUUGAUGCCAGCUGUCAUGUUUUGUAAGGAGUGCCCUUGCAAGGAAAAAAGUAACCUGCCGAGACUAAUCGUCAUCAUAGUGAACCUGCGUCUGAAACAAGAACGUGUUCGUCAGAUGUUAUUGCUGUUUUAAAAGUUUGUAGAAAAAUUGUUACAAGGUAAUCUACAAGAAAGUUUCUGACUACACAACUUUUCUUAUUCGCUUUUUUUGUGCAGUGAACUGCGGAGGUCUCUAAAAUCAUUGAUGCUGUAAAAACAAAUUUCACUGAGCCAAGCUAUCAGCAAUGCCCUCCAUGUUACUUAGUGUUCUGUUCAUCAGGUGCACAAUUGUGUGCAUCCACUUUCAAUGCUGGGAGAUUGUAAUGUUUGCAAAUUAUGAAAAGCAGCCUGUAAACAACGAAUUAUUUCACUCUAACGCACUAAUCAAUACAGUUCUUUUGGAACUGAAUGAGACAUCAAGUGAGCUGUAGUAAGCACAUCCUAUACAAUGUUUAGUUUUGUUUUAUCAUUGAUACAUGGAUAAAUAUACAUGGCCAACCCAACUCUACACAAUUCUAUGAGCUGCCAUUACAGUUUGUUGCAGUGACACUCAACUGCGUAACAACUGCCAUUUGUUGCUCCCACGAGGGUAAAUUUCCAUAGGAAUUUCACACCGCCUCACACUCCUCCUCGCUAUCUCUUAUUUUAAGUGAUACUUCAGAGCAUAUUUAUGAAGUGCCCAGCAAGGCGUGGGAAAUCAACACAAACUCACAAAAUUUAUGUGCCAGAAAAAGAGAAGCAAUUGAUUAUUGAUGAUAGAUUAGGAGAUGAAGUAAUGUACUACUUGAGCAUACUUCACACAUUAGUGCACACACACAACCACCAAUCGUAUUGCGUUGCUCAGCUCGAGGUCGCAGGUUCGAUGCCAGCCAUAGCAACUGCAAUUCAAUGGGUUCGAAUGCAAAAUCACUCGUUUACUUGAUUUAGUGCAUGUAAAAAACCUUGGAGGGUCAAAAUUAAUCGGCAGCCUCACUAUGGCAUGCCUCAUAAUGAAAUCAUAGUUUUGACACGGAAAAGCCCAUAACUAAAUUCUUUAACCUGCCCAUUAUGUAGUGUGAUAGCAGUGCAAGUAGAAAUGGUGGAGGAUGCUGGAAAAGCAGUAAAUUUUAGUAACCGUACUUUAUAUGGUUCUUCAUGGCAUACCGUACUGCAAUGCACUAAAUGUAGAUGUGGUACUUUCACUCAUAAGCACAGAGAAGAAAUUUCUUUUUUAUUAAUAAGUUUGUAUGCAGUUAACUUAUCGAGAGCAAAGAGUAUUGCAGCAUUGUUCAAAAAAAUGUUUCAGCUCUUACUGUAAAAGAGCAAUGAAGGCAAAAGGAUAGAAGGCAAGAGAACAGGAGGAACACUGGAAUUUGAAGGUGCACAUAGGGCGCUGGGCGCUUUUCCAGUUGAGUCGGGGCACGAUUUUUUUAAAUACCAGACUGGACUUCUUUGACGAGGCUCUCAGCAUCAUAUAGGCGCUCUACUGUUGCUUUCUAUCCUUUUGUCUUCCUCCUUCUUUUGCUGUAAGAACUGGACUUUUGUUUUAUUUAAAUAAUAUUGCAGUUCCAAUUAGCCCAGCUUUCAGUGACAACUACAGCAUUACAGUAGUCUGUAGCCUGGCAACUUCAGCUGCUCAUGCAAGUUUAAAAACCUUCAAGAACACUAUGUUGCAGUUACUCAGCUUUGUGACUUUGUGCACUGCUAAUGACAUCUUGUUUAAACAUUUGCAGCCACAGGGAAUAUGAAGGCAGUAAAUACUAAGUAUCCUCCACCUAUGGUAUACAAUUUGCAGAUGGCUUGCUGGCUGAUAUAUGUUUAUUGCGUUAAACUUCCAAAGUACCUUUAGCACCCAGCAUGAACGCACACUUACCAUGCUCGAUUUUUAGAUGUAAUGGUGUAAGUGCUUGUGAUGGUAAUUAGAUAACAUUUAAGCUAUUUUAUAAACUGCAAACGUAAGAAUGGUCUAUAUCUCUGCAUGAGCUAGGUUAGAGUCGGCGGACCACCUUACAACUUGUUGCUAUGAGUUGCACAUAUGCCAAAGUUGGUGGCACCUAAUUUACUCUUUUUAACCUUCAGUGGCACUUUCUUCAUCACAUGACAGCCAGCUCACACUUGUGCUUCUACUUGACUAUAAAUGGCACCACUGUGGUUAGGAUUUAUGGUUAGGCUUUCUGCUUACUGGGGCAACAUUCCUUAUCUAGUAUUCUUUUCUCUCUCUCUCUUUCUGAUCCCUCUGUGUCUUCCGUCCUGUGGUAUGUUCAUGAUGGGGUGCCUGCCCAUCACCCAAACGUGUUUAGAACACAUUGCUCACAGGUUAGGAAAGCGAACAGGCACUGCUGCUACAGAGACAGUAAUUCAAUGCUACAUGUAGCUUUUUAAGUAAUCCUAACUUUGUACAUAACAUUCAUAUAUUGCAGGCGCUGCCUUUUCUUGCCGUACCAGAAUGCAAACUGGACAGAUGAUAAAAUAAGAUAUGAUCGAAGAGGUCAUUUCAGCAUUUUGUCUGUGGAAAUUUUGUUGGUACAUGUCUGGGUCUGUAUUAUGUAAGGAUUCUUUUUAUUUUUCAUUCUUUUCGCUCUGCUUUCUCGCUACCAGGAAUGGGACAAAUCAUGGGCGAUUAGAAUUGUACGAAAAGAAUAAUUCAAUGAUACGAUCCCUGCUGCAACUUGCUUCAAUUUGCUUUGCCCAAUGCCGCAGUGAGAUGAAAUGCUCACAUGUCAGUACUCCAGAAUGAAAAAUGGACGAGAAAGUUUUCAUGCCAGGUUUUCUUUACAUCAGAGUUGUUGAGGUGGCACGCAGUGAAGGAGAUUGCUCACAAACACUUCAAUAGACUAAUAUGCAAAAUGAGGGUGGCGCUAUUCUUCCGAAGAGCAAUAACUAAUUUUAGCAGCCAUUCUGUUCCAGUACUUGGUAAGAAUAUGCAUGGCUGUUUGCCAGAAACACUAGCACAUUCACAGUGGGACCUGUGCAUAGUUUUUAUUUCUGCUGUUUGCUUAAGUUCUUCUUUCAUCAGGCACAACACAGAAAUUAUCUGUGAUGCUAUGGAAGUGACGUAAGAUCACAAACUUACUACUGAACUGGCUCAUGUAGGUUUUGAUCAAUGGUGUAGGAGAUUUCAGCUUCGUUGUUUUACCAUGAUAAACACCUCCUGAACUGCUGUACAGCAUUGCCAGUGUUUCUAUGAAUAUCAUUUGCUGUGGGCAUUCCAAAAUUGAAGAUGCAUAUAGUAAGGAGGCUUCUGCUUUAGGUGGCAAUGUUGAAACAAUAUGAUGUGAAAUGUUGCAGACAUGUACUACACACAUAGUGUACUGUAUAAAACAAACUAAAGUUGAACCUUGCUAUAACGAAAUUGGGUCUCAGACGUAAAUACAUUUGUUACAUUCGAUAUUAAUUUUAGGCAUAUAUUCACUGAACACUGAUAUCAUUGGAAAACCAUUUUUAUUUACUUCAUUAUAUCUGAUCAUUUGCUAUAUCCGUUUUCGUUAUAUGAAGGUUUGAUUGGAUAUGAACGAGUGUGCCUCUGGAUUCGAUCUAGGGAAGUUUCACUGCCCGGAACAUUGUCUUUGUCACUAAUGAAUCGUUUUUGAAAUCACAUUGUGAAUGUGCUGUUAAUCUCUUCCUUACUCACUUUCGGCGAUUCAGAACACUCAUAAAUAAGGUGCAGUAGCAGCGUUCUCAUUGUGCGUUCACAGUGACUAGAGCCACAUUCUCUGUCCACUGAGUGAAUGUAGAGUGAACUUUCUUUUUCACUAAUGUGGUGGAAGAUGUCCAUUGCAGGGGCUCCUUUUGUGACAAAUGAGUUAACUCAUGGCAAGAGAUAUUCAAGCCUACAGCAAUAAGUGAAUCUUCCUUGUGAUGGAACAUUGUGCAAAGUACUAGAUACUUAAACUUGCACUACUCAUGAGACCUCAAAAUGCAACAUGCGCUAAAAACUUACCAUUCAAGUAAAAAAGAUUUAUUAGAGCGUCUUACAUUUCUUUCUUUAUGUUUUCAUUAGAUUUCAUUCAGUUUUUCUUAUUACUAUUAUUAUUAACAAACAAUUCGAAGUGAAUACAAGCUUAUAAGACACAUUGAAAUAAAUAAAUAUUUUUAUUGCUGGGCUCUAAUGCAUUCUACAAUUAAUGUACAUCUGCCAAAGUAAUGUACUGGUAUGCCUGCCUAACAAGGUAAUAAUUUUGGCUUGAUGAGAAGGACUUACUUCUAUCAUUGUUCAGCCUUGUAUUGCUGGAUACGACCAGACUUAAAUUCUGCAGUGUUGCAUGAUAAAUAGGGUUCGACAUGGAGCUGCAUAGAGCUCUGUCAAGGACUGAGAAUGUACGUUUUGUAGGGAAGAUAUCUGCAACUAGAUGCUAUAGCCACUCAUAGCUGGACUUAAAUCAGGCUCAUAUUGUCCAAUGCGAGAAAAACUGUUCUAAAUGCUCAAACACACUGUCUGCUCUACAACAGUAGUGCACGCAGAGAAGUUAUUGUGUUUUCUCUGCACCUGUACAUAGACUGCUUUUGAAAGUACAUUUCAGAAACCAUGAAUACAUGUCGGAGAGUAUUUUAAGCGUGAACUGUUUAUCAGUAUGUUUCUUCAGGAUGAAUUGUGAAAAUGCAAGGUUACACCGGUAGGCGUCUGCGAAACAGUAGGGUUUCUCAUUUCUGCUUUGGAAUUUAAGUGAUCUUUUGAUCCAUGUCAUCACAAUAAGUAUAGCUAGUGCAACUUAAUUUCCUUUAAAGGUUCAAUGCAUCAUUGAGAAGUAUGCUCAUGUGUGGCACCUUGGGAUUGUGUUCGUGAUGGUUUUGCACCAGGCACUGUUUUUGAAGGUGAAAAUGUCCUCUUUUUUGUUGUUGUCGUUAUGCGGUGCGUUAUGACUUAAUUCACAUGACAGCCUUUUGAACACGUGAAUUACGUUCUCCAAUAGCUGCGCGUUUGUGAUAUGGUUGUUCUCGGUGCUUGCUUGUAAAUAUCGUGGGGAAGGGGACACAGCUACACGAUCUAUCGUCCUGCACUUUUUUCAAGAGUAGUGCGCUGGGCAAUACAUGCAUUAGCCCAAGAAGGGUGAAGACAUCGCUUCAGGGUUCUGGCAAAGGGUCAUGUGGGAAAGGACAAUGCUCCUUCACCACUAUUUAGUGGCACCCCAUGUUUCCUUGUUUUUAUUGUCUUCUCAAUUAGCCCGCUGCUGUCCAGUGGGUGUCCAGAAGUACUUCACACAAAAUUAUUUUACGUGGUGAUAGAUUGUGAGUGUGUGGCAAUAUCUGUCCGCUACUCACGGCUGUUUGUACAUAGCGCAUAAUGUCAUAUCGCGAAGCAAGCACAUGGGCUCGCACACGUAGGCAAUGGAAUGCCACAACACCAUGGCAAAAUUGCACCUGAGGCUUAUAGCAUUACUGCAUCAGCAUUAGCACACCUAGACGCUGCCAUUAUCUGUUGAGGUCUCACUGAUACUUGGCUCUUGAACAUUUAAGACUUCACUUACGUGGGGGCGAGCACUGUAAAAAUGUUGGCUCUGGAGCAGAAAAUAUAAAGAAUGCAAUUCUAUAAAAAUAUUUAAGUUCAGAAUGCUUGUGCAGUUUUAUAAGGAAGGUGCUGCUAGCAAGAUAUUGUUGCUCUUGAUUACUGGCAGGUGCAUGUUGUGGCUAUUAGUAUAGGUGCGGUGACUGGUUCAGAGCACUGCUACAAAUCCUCUCUCAAUGUUUUCCUUUCUGGCUAUAUCACAUUCUGAAGGGAUACACAUUAUUCUUGCCUUUGUAUUCCAGAGCUGUGGGGUCUUCUAGAUUUGACUCUUCUCACCUGAGUUUGCAUUUUCAGAAUAUAUUUAUGAAGUUGAGGCUACCAUCAGAAUGCGUUUUGUAUCGCUGUGAGUUGAUAGUGUUUGUUGUGGCCAUCAUACUGGCCUGCAGUGCUGUGGUGUCAUGUUUCUGUAGCGCUGUGCUAUCAAAUCCAUGCAAACAUCCAUCAUGCGACUAGUGCAAUUGCUCUUCACAGCUCUUCACAGCAUGGUCUGAUGCAGCUGUGUGGCACAUGAUAAAACAUUUGCUGAGAAUGAGUGCUGAACAAUGAGACCUAACAAUAGUUCAUUCUUUUUAUUUUUCAUUCUUUUUAAGGAGCAUUCUUUUUAUUUGCACAUGCUUUGUCUCUUGGACCAUGUUUGCGUGGGCACAUGCAUUGUAUUAGCCUGCUGAGCUUUUAAAUUCAACUGGCGGCACAUGUAAUGUUUAAUUCAUAGGCAAGCCCACGUCGUAGCUUCCCUGUGCUGCGGUGCUGAUACAUUGCCUCUGGUGUCGUUUGACAGGGAUGGUAAUGCAUUGCAAUACAGAAAUGUGCUGAUAUUGACAUUAGAUGCAGUGCUUGUGUAUGGGUCUUUUGUUAAACUUCAAGGGACCAGAAGCAUUAUUUUCUGAGUGGUGGUAGCUGUGCGUUGGAAAGCAAGAAGCAAGGAAACAUCCUUUAGCUUGCUAGAAGGAUGACUUCGUGUUCUAGUGGACAUUCAAUAUAUAUAUGAGAGGGGAAAUAUUUUGUUAUAACACAUGGGUACAUAAUAAUUAUCACAUAAAAAGACCUCGGUAAGUGCCAGUAGCUCUUCCAUAAUUAAAACUGCACAAAUCUAAAUUCUUUUAUGACAAGUAUGGCUAGCAUUGGCAAUUUAUUGGUCAAGUAGUGGCAAAUGACCACUAAGCGGAUUCAUGCAAAAUGUGUUUUAAACUUUUCGAUACAGGGCAGGCUCCGGCAAUAAUGCGUAUGCUUCUUAGUGUUCAAACAUCCAGCAGAACAGUCUGCAAGGUUAGGAGUGUCCUAAAUGUCACAGGCUGUAAGCUUUUGAACUGACGAUAUUCCUCUGCAAAUUGUCACCUAAUGCUGGUGCAGUUGUACAGAAAAGGUGCAGGUCUCAUACAUAUAUGUGCUGUCCGUUGUAUAUGUGCUGUGGCUGCUAUGGUGUACUUCGUUACAUUUUAUUACAAUACUUGGCCUGGCGCAGUUGGUGCAAGUGGCUGACUACUGCUCUUAAUGCAUUUAAGUCCAGGUUAAUAUGCCAAUUUUUUAUCAUGAUUUCUUGCACAUGGCGAGCUAUGAUGGCUCAGGAGCAGCACGUGCGUUAUUGUGAAAGUGGCGUUCAGCCUGUGAGAGAGCUUGUACAAAUAUGACCGCUUCAAGGUGCAUAUAUCCUAAAAAUUGCUAGGUCCAAAUGGCUUGAUUUUUGUCACUACCUUCUUAAUGCAUUUCUGCAUCACAUUACUACUUGCGGGACUGCAGAAGUAUUCUUCAACAUUUCAACUGAAUAAGCUCUCUCUAUUGGCUAUGGUGCCACAGCUGUCAAACUCAAACAUUUCUGCUGUUCAGGAAAAGUGAAUCACUGCAAAGAAUGACAUCUGUCAGCUUACUGUCCUGCAGCAUUGCUUUCUCUGACUGUCUGCUUCCUCUGCAGUUAUACUGAGUAAACAACUCAAAUGACUGAAAACCCAAAUGAGUUAACGCUUUUAAUCAUCUAGGUUCUUACAAUUCAGAAAAAGUAUUUCGAUUUUAGGUGCACGGUUCUACGCUGGAUUGGUAUACCCUGUUGAAUGCCGCCUAAUGUUUUUUUUAGGCUUUUAAAGAUCAUUAUAUGGCUCUUUCACCGCUACACGGCAGGACCAUACAGGAACAGGGAGAGUCUUUAAACAGGCUCGAAUUUGAUGAGCUUGUCCCUUCCCUUUUUUGCUAAAAAAAGUGCUUAAGGACAGUUUCACCCACUUGCAGCCAACUGUGCUAAGUCCACCGUGUUAUAUGCGAUCGCGUGUGUCUCAAAUACUGAUUAUGCAAAGACAACGCAGGUGCCUUAGAAGGUGCGGGAGACGGAGUAUUUUUCUAUUUUUGUAUAACCACGAUGUGUCUGGGCUCUGCGUGUCGACAAAGGACUCGCUCCUGUGCUCUUGGCACAGCAGUUGGAUGGCCAGGGUUGGCUGGUGCGUGUGCGUGUGCACUAAAACGUGCACGUUAUGUUGUCUGUGCGAGUGACGAAUGACCUAGGGAAGAUGUAGACCUUUCGUGUCCUCUUUAUUUCGUUGUGCCCCUUUUUUUAGGUUGUAUAAGACUUGAACACAUUCCUCAUGCGCGGUUACCAGUGUAUUUGUAGAUUCGAGUUUAACCGCGUUGAAACUCUGUAAGUACAUACACUGUUGCAGUUGAAUAAAGGUUUUGAGAUUUUUA